CGACCACAUCUUUAGCCUCAUCUGGUAUCGGCCGUCAUAGUCAGGCUAGCAAGAACGCAAUGCUAAUGCUGGAAGCCCGUAACAAUUUUCUCUCGCAGGAAGCGCAACAGCAGCUGGCCCAGAGCGUGUCUGAGAGCCAACAUAGUAUUGUGCAUCUGAGGCCAGGAUCAUCGUUUUUCGGGACGAUGUUGAAGGACCACCACUCGGACAACUUCUCGGGCUCUUGUGAUAACGACAGCCAACUUCAGUUGAGUCGUGCCUAUAAUGAUAAUGCUGAAUUUCAGCAGCUGGUGGACCAACAAAAUAACGAGAACUAUUUGAGCAGCAUUUUUCGUCGAGCUCAGCAGAUCCAGCAGGAACACGAGGACAGUUUUCAGGCUGAGAAUCUUGAUCCUGACAAUCCAAGUGCUGGUGUUGAGCAGGGAGAUAAUGAUAAGAUUGGGAUGGCAUUUCCUGCAGUCGUUCGGGAGACGAGCAGCGGUUCAGUCGUUGAAUUGCAAGAUGUGGCACACCAGCAAGGGGAAACGCGACAUUUGCCGAAAGUCUAUGGUAGGAGUCUGUUGCCAUCAAAUAGUGGCCCUGGUGAGAGCUGGAGUGUGCAUUCCACGACCCACGGUGAAGCUGACCUGUCGUCCAUGUUCUUCGAGUCUGCCGCAGCGAUGAACAACUUAUUCGACUUAUCUUCUGAGGCCUUAUAUCCAGUGGUCGGUUCAUCAACAUCUGGUGCAAAAACGAAGAGUAUUAAUGUCAUUGGUGGAAGUAAUCUUGCAGCUUUGUCUAACUUCUCAGCAUCAGUUGCCGCUACAACAACAGCGCUCCAAGAUACAGCAGCACUGGAUGAGCUUGAGCGCCACGUGAUAGGCACGACCACGACCUCGUCCAGCACCAGUGUCGUUGAUGUACUGGGGACCGGCCGAGCAGAGGGCCAACACCCACAGCUCCUGAAUAGGC